AUGUUCAGUUCUGGCUGGCUAACCCAGUGUUUGGGGGCGCAGCUGGAGUCGCCUAGCGCUCUUCCCCCACCUACCCAAGACAACGAUACUUCUAACUCAAACAACCGUGGCGCAGAGGCUGCCCGCCUAUAUUCACUAGUUUCCCAAAUAGCACAGUGUCUGGGUGCGCGUCGGAAGAAAUCGAGUUUCGUACCUGCCCAACCGCCAGGAGAUCGUCUCUUCCCACAUGAUGUACGUGCCGUUAUUCAAAUAUACGGAGAAGACAUAGAGCAUCCACGGCUUAGGGUUCGGACACGCACCGGCGAUAUAAAAGAUGGAUACUGCACCUUGGGUGAUUUGCCGCAGAUGCGGGAGGUGUGGGCGGCGUACAGUCAAUGGGAGGGAAAAAAGCGCACCCCUAAGAUCGAACGGUUAAUCCCCAAGUAUCCUCUAAGGUUGGGCCGAAAGCUAAUAUCUGACCCCACAUCCGUACAUGUGGAGGCUUAUGGGGGAAUGGUGGAGGAAAUGGUUGACGGGGGGUAUCCUGUCUUGGCCGUUGUAAGGCUGGAGGGAAAGGAGUACUCUGAAAGCGUGUGUUUAUCAAGCGUAGAUGUGUUUCUCGAGUCAAAGGGAGCGGAGAAGGCUACAGAACCCUGUGACUGGCGUGUUCUUCUCCGCUACUGGGGAAAGGAGGUUUACCCUGGAGUCCCAUAA